CGAAAAGUUUCAAAGAAAUAGUCAAACUUAAAAUAUAUAGAUAAAAUACGAAUACUGUUGAAAAUAUAUGUACAUAUGUAUAUAGGUUGCUGCAAACUCAGAAAAAAUAUGCAUAAUAAAGGCAUAUUUUCGUCAGAACACUGUUAUUCCUGCGACUUGGCGGCAAAUACCAAAGCAACUACUUCGUAAUUGCAAAGCGCUUACUCGAGGAAUAGAUAUUGGAUAUUAGGAUCUAAAAAUCCGAGAAGGAAGCACUUCUGUCUCACGAACUGUAAGGCACAGUAAAGAACUCGAACCACUAUCUUCUUCAAUUCACACUUUGAUAACAUAAGAAAGAAACAGUUUUAAGGUGCCUUGAAUUUAACUGUCAAUUUUGACAAACCUGACAUUGCUGAACAUCAAAAUCGUGUAAAAAAAAGUUACGAGAAAUUCCGACAACUGAAAGUUUUUUAAAACGCUCAAGCAGUUAUGGACGUCGCAGAAUUGAAGUCUUUCGAGGGUUUCUUUGCACCGGCAUUCACAUGCUUUGAAAAUAAUGACACCAUUUUGCAGAGAUAAAACCUUAAAUUUAGGACACAUUGACACCUAUGCGGAGUGGCUACAACGAAAUGGAGCCGUAGGUGUUUUAGUCAAUAGCAUCACCGGCGAGGGUCCCAUUUUGGGCAAAAUCGAACGUCAAUUGAAUGCCGAAGCUUGGAGCGUCGCUUGUAAGAAGUAUGAACUAAAAAUGCUGAUACAAAUUGGCGGCGCACCAAUGCCCGAUGUGCUGGAUCUGGCAAGACAUGCUAGUAGUUUAAAUAUAAAUGGUGUGGUCUGCAUACCGGAACUGUUCUAUAAGCCAAGCGAUGUUAAGCAAUUGGUGGGCUAUUGUAAGAUCGUCGCCAAGAAUUGUAGGCGGCAUCCAUUCAUUUACUAUCACUUGCCACACUACACGGAUGUGUUUCUUGACAUGCCUGAGUUUUGUGAACUUGCGGAAAAGAGCAUACCAAAUUUUGCGGGCAUCGAAUAUUCCCAUAGUGAUCUAGCAAUGGCUGCAAAAUGUUUGGCUCCAAAUCGUAUGAUCAUACUUAGCGAUUCACGUAUGCUAUCCAGCGGUCUGCUACUCGGUUUCAAAACAUUUUGCAUGGCCGCAUUCAAUAUGGUACCAGAUACGAUGCGUGAAAUUUACGAUUACAUGAAAACUGGCAAAAUGAAUUUAGCAAAGAGAGAACAAAAACUUUUAAAUAGUUCCAUACGAGAACAUAUGACUCGGCAAAAGAAAGGUAGCUGGGUUAAGGCCAUGAAACAAUGGUUUAACGAAGAGAUGAAGAAACCACAGAAUGGAACUAUAUUUUCGGCAGGUCACACACGUAAACUCCGCUAGGAUUCGUUCUUUUUCCAUUAUUUUUUUAGUUUUGUUAAAAUUUCCAUUUUUAUGAUUGCAAUUAUUACAAUAAAAUAUAAUUUAUGGUUGUCACUGUAAUUAAGGCUGUUUAAGGGGCACAAGUGACGAAAAAAA